GCUUCGACAAUGGACAUUGCAGAAGAAAGAAACUUGCUCACAACUCUUCAUUUGUCCAACAUAGAGGUUUCUCUGCAGUAGACUAUGGAUGGGCUGGUUUUAAUAGAAACCAGUAAGAUUUGUUGGGAGCAGACAACCAUCAAAGUAAUAAAGGAAGAAGUGGCAGUAGAAAAUUGUAAUUGUUGCCUUACACAAAAAGAGAUCUGCUUUGCCAGUGUUUCCAGAGCGCUUUUUCUCAUUUUCCUGACAGAAUGGGGGUUUCCAAUACUUUUAGCACUAUAUAUGGGCCUAUUUUCAUACUUCAAAGAAUAUGACCUUUUUUCUGAAAAACCUCCUCAGAAUCUGGGAAGAGUAGAUAAAUUUAAUGAGUCUUUUGUACUUAUAUAUACACCAAUCUCUAAUAUAACCCAGCAGAUAAUGAAUAUUACGGCAUUUGCUCCCUUUUUGAAAGGAAGAAGAAUCAUUGGAAUGCCAAAUCAAAAAGAUAUGGAUAAAAUGCUUCAAGACAAUUUCCCAAAUGUAGUGGAAGUCAUCUUUAAUGAUAAUUUGUCUUAUAAUUUAAGAUUUUUUCAGGGUUAUAACAUUCCAUUUUUGAAGGAAGAUCUUAUCUCAGCACAUUGUUGGGAAUUAAAUGAAGACUACUCGUGUCAACUGUCCAAAUAUUGGAAUGAUGGAUUUGUGGCCUUGCAAACUGCAAUUAAUGCUGCUAUUAUACAAGUCAUGACAAAUCACUCUGUGAUGGAGAAGUUGAUGUCAGUUAUUGCAAUAAAUAUGAAGACAUUGUCUUUUAUUUCUAAAGAGUUUCUUCCAAAUGAGCUAUUUAUUUUCUACUGCUUGCUUUACUUCUCUUCAUUUAUAUACUUUGUAUCACUUAAUGUUACAAAAGAAAGAAAAAAGAGUAAGGAAGUAAUGAACAUGAUGGGUCUACAAGAUUCAGCAUUCUGGCUCUCCUGGGGUUUAAUGUAUGCUGGGUUCAUCAUCAUUAUUUCCAUAAUCAUUACAGUUAUCAUAAUAUCUGCCCAAAUUAUGACCACGAUAGGUUUCAUGGUCAUAUUCACACUCUUUUUCUCAUAUGGUUUAUCUUUGUUAGCUUUGUCAUUCCUGAUGAGUGUGUUGCUGAAGAAAACUGUCCUGACCAGUUUGGUUGUGUUUCUCUUCACACUCUUUUGGGGGUGUGUGGGGUUCACUACCUAUUAUAAACAACUUCCUUCAUCUUUGGAAUGGAUUUUAAGUAUUUGUAGCCCGUUUGCCUUCACUGCUGGAAUGACUAAGAUUAUGCACCUGGAUUAUACAACAAAUGGCAUAAGUUUUUCUGACUCUUCAGGAGACUCAUAUAUAAUGAUAGCAAUUCUUGCCAUAUUGGCUUUUGAUGCUCUAUUCUACUUGGCAUUGGCAUUAUACUUUGACAAAAUCUUACCUUAUGGAAAUGAGCGCCGUUAUGCUCCACUAUUUUUUCUGAACUCAUCGUCUUGUUUCCGACGCAAAAGGAUUGGUAAUAAGGUCAUCAGAAAGGAGACAGAUCUUGAACAUGCUCCUAAUGAUUAUUUUGAGCCGGUAUCUCCAGAAUUCCGAGGAAAAGAAGCCAUCAGAAUCAGGAAUGUUAAAAAAGAAUACCGAAGAAGGUCUGCAAAGAUUGAAGCAUUGAAAGGUUUGUUCCUGGACAUAUAUGAAGGUCAAAUCACAGCAUUUCUGGGUCAUAGUGGAGCUGGCAAGUCUUCAUUACUAAACAUCCUUAAUGGGUUGUCUGUUCCAACAGAAGGAUCAGUUACUGUCUACAAUAAAGACCUCUCUGAAGAGCAAGACUUGGAGGAAAACAGAAAGAUAACUGGCUUUUGUCCUCAAUUCAAUAUUCAUUUUGACAUGCUCACUGUGAAGGAAAACCUCAGGCUGUUUGCUAAAAUAAGAGGAAUUCAGCCACAGAAAGUGGAACAAGAGGUACAAAGAAUUUUAUUGGAAUUGGACAUACAAAACAUUCAGGAUGAUCUUGCUAAGCUCUUAAGUGAAGGACAGAAAAGAAAGCUGACCCUUGGUAUUGCCAUUUUAGGAGAUCCUCAAGUUUUGAUAUUAGAUGAACCAACAGCAGGACUGGAUCCCUUUUCAAGGCACAGGGUCUGGAGCUUCCUCAAAGAGCGCAAAGCAAACCGGGUGAUUCUCUUGAGUACCAAUUUCAUGGAUGAAGCUGACCUCCUGGCUGAUAGAAAAGUAAUCAUGUCCAGCGGGAGGCUGAAGGGUGCAGGCUCCUCUGUCUUUUUGAAGAGAAGAUGGGGUCUUGGCUAUCAUUUAAGUUUGUACAGAAAUGAGAUAUGUGAUCCAGAAAAAGCCACAUCCUUCAUUAAUCAACAUAUCCCUGAUGCUGUAUUAAAAACAGAAAGCACAGAAAAGCUUGUGUAUACUUUGCCUUUGGAAAAGACAAAUAAGUUUCCAGACCUUUUCUCUGACCUGGAUAAGUGUUCCAGCCAGGGAGUGAUGAGUUACGACAUUUCCAUGUCAACUCUGAGUGAAGUCUUCGUGAAACUGGAAGGAACAUCAGCUAUCAGACAAGAUUUUGAACAAGCAGAAAUGAUAAAAGACACAGAAAACCUGCACAAAACACAGUCAGUUCGUUCUGCUCUCCCUGAAAUGCAGAAGCCUGUAACGGACAUGGGUUUGUGGAGAAUGCAGGUCUGUGCAGUAGCUUGGCUCCGUUUCUUGAAGUUAAAACGUGGAACAAAAGAGCUUUUGACUCUGUUGUUGGUCUUUGGAAUUGCAGUGUUCCCUUUCAUUAUGGAAAGUGUGCUUGAAGCUACACUGAUUGACCAGAAAAGUAACUGGGAAUUUAAACCUGAACUGUAUUUUCUCUCUCCUGGACAACUUCCCCAAGAUCCUCGGAGCAGCCUGCUGAUCAUCAAUAACACAGAAUCAAAUAUUGAAGAUUUCAUACAGUCGCUGAAGCAUCAACACUUACUUUUGGAAGUAGAUGACUUUGAAAACCGAAACGGCACGGAUGACUUGUCAUACAACGGUGCCAUUAUUGUGGCUGGGAAACCCAAGGAUUAUCGAUUUUCAGUUGUGUGCAAUACCAGGAGGCUGCAUUGCUUUCCCAUCCUGAUGAACGUCAUCAGCAACGGGCUGCUUGGAAUGUUGAACCACACACAGUCUAUUCAGACCCAGAGAAGCUCAUUUCCUAUUAAUUAUGUAAUAUCCUGGAGUGGGCUGCCAGAGGCCUCCGUUUUCAUAUUUUCCAUUGUAUGCAGUAUUUCUCCUUACAUUGCAAUGAGCAGUGUCAGCGAUUACAAAAGGAGAGUUAAAUCCCAGCUGUGGACUUCGGGCCUCUAUCCUUCUGCUUACUGGUGUGGGCAGGCACUGGUGGAUGUUCACCUCUACACUUUUAUUCUCCUUUUAUUGUAUUUAUUUUUAUAUGUGUUAGGCAUAAUACAUGUUCCUCUGACAAGUCAAACAGUGUUUGCUUUGGUAGUGGCUAUAUUUGGUUAUGCAGCAUCUUUGGUCUUCAUGACAUACGUGAUAUCAUUUAUUUUUCGCAAGAGGAAAAAAAGUAGUGGUUUUUGGUCAUUUUGUCUCUAUUUGAUCAUGACCACUGCCUUUGACAUCAUUAUAAUGAAUCACUUCAACUCAGCUAUCAUAAUUACUAGCAUGGUGUUAGUCCCCCCAACUACCUUGGCUGGAUUUCUAACUGUUUUUGUAGAGAAAGUCCACAGGCACCGAGCUAAAUUUCAAGACUUGAAUUAUAACCUGAGUGAAGUUGAUAUUCUACUAUGCCUAAUACCUUACUUUCAGACUUUGCUGUUUGCUUUUAUUCUAAGAUGCAUGGAAAUGAAGUGUGGAAAGAAAGUAACGCGAAAGGAUCCCAUUUUCAGAAUUUGCCCCCAAAGGGAAAAUGUUCAACGGAAUCCAGAAGAACCUGUAGAUGAAGAUGAAGAUGUUCAAGCAGAAAGAAUAAGAGCAGCCACUGCCCUGACCACUUCCCACACAGAGGAGAGACAAGUCAUUCUUGCUAGUUGUCUACACAAAGAAUAUGCAGUCCAGAAGAGAAGUUGCUUUUCAAAAAGAAAGAAGAAAAUAGCAAUAAGAAAUAUCUCCUUCUGUGUUAAAAAAGGUGAAAUCUUGGGAUUGCUAGGACCCAAUGGUGCUGGUAAAAGUUCAUUUAUUAGGAUGAUAGCUGGGGUCACAAAGCCAACAGCUGGAGAGGUGGAACUGAAUGGAUGUAGCCCAGUUUGGGAUCCACAGGGAGGCAGUGAGGUCCAGUUCCUGGCCUACUGCCCUCAGGAGAACACGUUAUGGCCCAACCUGACGGCGAGGGAGCAUCUCCAGGUGUUCGCUGCCAUGAAAGGGCUGAGGAAAGGGGAAGCCGCCCUGGCCAUUUCACGACUGGUAGAUACUUUCAGACUGCAUGACCAGCUGAAUGUUCCCGUGCGGAGACUGACGCCAGGAGCUGCUAGAAAGUUGUGUUUUGUGCUGAGCAUCUUGGGAAACUCACCCAUCCUGCUUCUAGAUGAAAUGUCUACAGGCUUGGAUCCAGGGGUGCAGCAGCAGAUGUGGCAGACAAUCCAGGGAACCAUUAAAAAGACAGAAAAGGCAGCCCUCCUGACAACCCACUACCUGGCUGAGGCUGAGGCUCUAUGUGACCGCAUUGCCAUCAUAGUGUCUGGAAGACUCAGAUGCAUUGGUUCCACCCAACACCUGAAAAGCAAAUUUGGCAAGGAUUACAUUCUGGAACUAAAAGUGAAGGAAGUUGCUCAAGUGACUUUGGUCCACACUGAGAUUCUGAAGCUUUUCCCACAAGCUUCACAGCAGGAAAGGUGUUCUUCCUUCUUGGCCUAUAAACUGCCCUUGACAGAUGUUCAGCCUCUAUCUCAGGCCUUUUACAAAUUAGAGGCAGUGAAACAUAACUUUGACCUGGAGGAAUACAGCCUCUCUCAGUGCACACUGGAAAAGGUAAUCUUAGAGCUUUCCAAGGAGCAGCAACUGGGAGAGAUUGAUGAAGAAGUUGACACAACCAUGAGAUGGAAACUGCUCCUUCACUCAGACGACCCUUAGUUCCUGGAGCCCAAUAAUUCCUUGUCGCUGUCAGAUAAGCUUUAUGUUGUUUGUAAUCAUUACUGGUAUGGCCAUUAAAAAUGGUUAACAGCAAUAUUAGAUAUAUUUGUAUGUUACAUUAAUAAAACAAUCCAUUUAAAAUUUUUCUUCCCCACCAAUAUAGGGGUGAUCGAAAUCUGUGGUAAAGGCAGUGCACAGUGUUUAUAAGGUUACCUGGAGAGCCAGGUGCUGCGUGCUAAGGAAAUAAAAUCACAAUCCUGUAAUUUUUUGAAGUAUGAUUUUUGGAAGAAUGACAUUUACUGAAAAAUUCUCUUGCUGAAUGAUGUGAGGAGUGUAUUCAGCCAUCAGAAGCUCUGUGAUUACUGUCUGCCAGUUGUGAUUGUUGGGGUUUUAUGAGCUUGUUUUGAUACACAAAUCAACCCAAGAGGCUUCGCUUGAAACCUGUAGAAAUCGUUUUGAAAGUCUAGGCUUGGGAGUCCCUUGGGCUCAUAAGUGAUCCAGCUAGCACGCUGCAGAAGUGUUUCAGACAUGUCUUUUCAAAACAAGGGAAAUCACAGCAGCAUUUAUUCAGACUUAAAAAUGUGAAUGUUAUAUUGAUUUCACAGUUGUGGGGGUGCUGAUUUCCCUCAUCACCUCAUCAUUAAUUUCCCAUCUGUACUCAUUGCUCUUUUAGGGGAGUUUUCCUCUUUUGUGUGUGCACCUUUGUGUGUGUGUACCCUACACACACGCCUGCAUGUCUUUUGUGUUAAUAAAAAAAAAAAAAAACUAUCCACUUUCAUCUUUUCUUUAAACAAUAACUGCUUCAUUUUGAAUAUCACCAGAAAAUCUUUUGAAGACUAAGCAGUAUUCCUGAUGCUUUUGCGGGCAGUGAUAAACUACUUAAAAUUUUUAUAGUCACUGAAGAAAAACUGUAUAGCAGGGGAAAAUAUAGAAAUUGAAUAAAUCUGAUUAAAAACAUCAAUCAUAUUUCUUCAUACCCAACCCAUAUUUCUUCUAUCUAUA